AUGGACAAGAGCCAUCUCUCGAGCACUAAUGACAUCAUAAUGACGAGCUCAACAGGCUCCUACCAACAGGAACCCCGAACACCACCCAGACCUGCCCAUCACCACUCCUCAUCUUCGUCCUUAUCCUCCCCUUCUCCGUCCUCUUCCUCCUCACCCCUCAAGCCGAACCAGGUCGGCCAGGUCAUCCUAUACGGCGUUCCCAUUGUAUCGCUGGUCAUUGAUCACAACGAGAGACUUUGCCUGGCACAGAUUUCCAACACACUCCUCAAGAACUACAGUUACAAUGAGAUUCAUAAUCGCCGCGUGGCACUGGGCAUCACUUGCGUCCAGUGCACUCCGGUUCAGUUGGAGAUUCUUCGCCGGGCCGGUGCCAUGCCCAUCUCGUCACGCCGCUGUGGCAUGAUCACAAAGCGCGAAGCCGAGCGCCUCUGCAAGUCCUUCCUGGGAGAGAACGCACCGCCCAAACUGCCCGACAACUUCGCCUUCGAUGUGACACACGAGUGCGCCUGGGGUUGCCGCGGUAACUUCAUCCCAGCACGCUACAACAGCUCCAGGGCCAAAUGCAUCAAGUGCUCUUUGUGCAACAUGUACUUCUCCCCAAAUAAGUUCAUUUUCCAUUCCCACCGCACACCAGACGCCAAGUACACCCAGCCCGACGCUGCCAACUUCAACUCCUGGCGACGACACCUCAAACUCUCUGACAAACAACCGGCGGAUGAGAUGGCCUUCGCAUGGGAAGACGUCAAGGCAAUGUUCAAUGGAGGCAGCCGAAAGAGAGCGCUUCCCUCUUCAUCCCAUUGUUCCUCAAUGGGUCCUAUGAAGACUCACCCAGGUUCGUUAAUGCCUCACAUGAUGGGACCUGACCUGGUUGCUCAGAAAAGAGCCCGCUUCGAGGACGACGAUGAUUUGGAUGGAGGCAGUCUGUCGCCCCGUAAGGCCCCACGUAGCUACCCUGUCAUCCCUGUCCCAAGCAAAGGCUUCGGCAUGCUGCAGAAGUUCCCUCCCACGUCGCUCUUCCCCUCGCCUUACCCCUUCCCGGCGUUCGGCCUUUGCCAGCAGAAAAAAGAUGACAGUGAUGUUUCAGGUGGCCAGAAAGCAACGGGGUUGUCGGGUCUUUUAUGGCCUGGCCGCAAAGACACCUUUUAUCCUCCUUUCUGCAUGUUUUGGCCACCAAGAGCAGGAGGAGGAAUCCCUGUCCCCACCUACCUCCAGCCUCAGCCCAACGCCCUCUCCUCCCUGGCAGACAACCCCUCUCUCAGACAGGCCUUUUUGGAUCUCUCAGACCCCAGUGAGCCAGGCGCUGUAACUGGCAACGGCAAUAGUGUCAGCGCAUCCAUGGCCCCCGGCAGCGGGACUACAACGCCCAGAUCCGGGCUGUUUGACCCAGAGUGUACAACAGUAGCCCCUGAUCUUCGCCCUGUGACGUCAGAGGGCUGGCUCAAACUCCUGGACACCCCGACCCUCCAAACUAGGAAGCCGAGCUACGGCUCGGCCUUCCGACCCGUUAUUAAGGAUGCCGAGAGCAUCGCCAAGCUCCACAGCAGCGGUACUGGGACAGCAGAGGAGGACUUUGGGGUCGUGGUCUCCAGGUCCGAUCGCCACCAGCGGCUAUCGCCCAGCAGCAGCUGUAGUUACGGGAGUGAUAGUGGAGGAGAAGGAGAGGUGGAGGGGGUGGAAAGCGAAGAGGAGGGGGAGGUGGAUGUGGAGUCAUCGAAGCAAGAGGACGAGGAUGAGGAAGGGAUCUUCACCGGCAGGCCGCCACAGACUCAAACCAACCUGUACCUCCCCGCAUUGAGCGACAGUCACGGAGAGGAGAGGGGGAAGGAGAGAGGGAGUGGCGUUGUGUACACCAGCACCUCCCCUCCCUCCUCCUCGGACCCCACGCAGCAGGAGUCCUCCAGCCUGCCUGCCUCCCCGACUGCAAGCCUGCCUCUCUCGAGCUCCCCACCUCACCGAGAGGACCCAGCUUACAAAAACGCUCACAAAAAUAGAGACGAAGGACUACCUGUGUACGCAACCAAAGACAACUCCAGCGUUUCUGAUGAAAACAAAGAGCAGAAUAGUUUCUUUGUGCCAGAGAGUGAGACGUCGGCGCCCGACUACUGGAGGGAAAGCUCAGGUGAUCGAAGCCAAGGUGCUGCCUCUCCUGUGCCGCUAAAGAAGGAUGUCGAGAACAUGGAGAAAGAGGAGCUCCAGAAGGUUCUGCUUGAGCAGAUCGACUUCAGGAGGAGGCUGGAGCAAGAGUUUCACGCUCUGAAGGGCACCUCACCAUUUCCUGUCUUCCAUAAUUUCCAAGACCAGAUGAAACGAGAGCUCGCCUACAGAGAAGAGAUGGUUCAACAGUUACAGAUGAUUCCCUACGCAAACAUCCUCAGAAAAGAAAAGAUCAUCUCCCAUCUAAACAAAUAG